UAAUCCUAUAAAUGAUUAGUGCUAGCCUCUAAAAUACCUCAUGUUGGUUGGAACCCCUAAAAUAUAGCCACCCAUUUUAAAGUUACAGAAAUAUUACUUGCUAAUGCAGUUCCAGAAAGAACUACAUUAAUUGAUUCAAAAGUUUUUUCUAUCAAUUCAUAGUCUCUGACAGAGGACUCCUCAGAGGAAACUGAGCACAGGCACUGGAGUGCUGUCUGAGGAGGCCACAGUCACAACUCUGAUGCAGUGCAUCCAUGACCUUGACCUGGACGACAACCAGCGCAAGAGAAUGGAAGUUUUUCUCUUCCAAAAACAGCAGAUUGGUGAACUGAACACAGAUGAUUUUGAGAAGCUGGGAGAACUUGGCGCUGGCAAUGGCGGUGUUGUCAACAAAGAGCGACACAAGCCUUCGGGUCUCAUCAUGGCUCGGAAACUUAUCCACUUGGAAGUGAAGCCUGCUGUCUGGAAUCAGAUCAUUCGCGAGCUCAAAGUCCUGCACGAGUGUAACUCUCCUUUCAUUGUUGGCUUUUAUGGCGCAUUUUACAGUGAAGGCGAGAUCAGCAUCUGCAUGGAGUACAUGGACGGUGGCUCCCUGGACCUCCUACUGAAGCAGGCCAUCCGCAUCCCUGAGCUGGUCCUGGCCAACGUCUCUGCCACCGUACUGAAAGGUUUGGCUUACUUGAGGGAAAAGCAUCAAAUUAUUCACCGCGACGUGAAGCCUUCAAAUAUAUUGGUCAACUCCCGAGGCGAGGUGAAGAUCUGUGACUUCGGCGUAUCGGGCCAGCUCAUCGACAGCAUGGCUAACACUUUUGUAGGCACCAGGAGCUACAUGUCGCCAGAGCGUCUAAACGGCGACCAUUACUCGGUGGCCUCAGACAUCUGGAGCCUGGGCCUCUCCCUGGUGGAGAUGGCCAUAGGCAUGUACCCCAUCCCGCCUCCUGACGCAGCUGUGCUCGCUAAAAUAUUCUCUAUCAAAACACCCGGCUCAGCGUCUGCCGCAACACCGUCCCCUACUUCACGAUCACCUAGAUCUGCGGGCGUCCCAGGCCAGCCUCGGCCCAUGGCAAUAUUCGAGCUGCUAGACUAUAUCGUCAACGAGCCGCCGCCACAGCUGCCCCACGAGUAUUUCUCGCCCGAGUUCGUCGAUCUCGUCCACCGUUGCCUUAAGAAGAACCCCAGCGAGCGUGCUGAUCUCUCCAGUCUCAUGAGCCACCCUUGGAUCAAGCGAGCGGAGGUUGAGAAGGUUGACAUAGCGGGCUGGGUGAAGCGCACAAUGAACCUCAACCCCCAGACGCCUGCUGCACUUUCUGCCCACCCUGACUCCUGAGUGGGCAACUCUGCUGCCUUCUUGCAGCCUUUUCAGUAAUUGGAUGGACAAUGCCUGUUGGGAUUCGUCGCUAGAACAUCUGUGGCAUUACGGCUAGACAUCUAAUUCGAGUCAAGUCUUUGUACCACAUGAUAAUUUUAUACCACAAGAUGGUUCUCUACCACAAGAUAAUUCUCGACCACAAGACAGUUCUCUACCACAAGACAGUUCUCUGCCACAAGAUAGUUCUCUUCCACAAGACAGUUCUCUAUCACAAGACAGUUCUCUACCACAAGACAUUUCU